AGAGAGAAAGAGUGUGAGAGAGAACAUUUACACCUGACGUCACGUUUGUCGCCGGUGUGAUCGCAGCAACGGGUGCGUUUGUUCUCGGCGUAGACAUACCUACCCUCGUCUCACAGAGGCGCCAUUCAAAGGCGACCGCGGGGUCUGCUGGCUCCUACACAAUGACACAUUGAAUGGUUUGCUCGCCACGGCUCAACCUGGGCCCUUCACGACUACCAACUAUCGAACUUCAGUCCCAGACUGCUGCUGGUGCCACGUCUGACGCCUCUGCUAGAUUGCGUGAGUCGUGAGAGUAUUUCCAGUUUUCACCCUCUCCAGCAAAUGAUCGAAUCGGUGGUCAAAGGACGGAUACACUACAGGAUUUUUAAAAAAAAAUUGGAGUCAGGACAUGUAAGGACGGGGACUGUGUUUGGUCACCACCAGACGACUGGUUUUUCGGUGUGCAGACAGUGAGUGAAAACCCAGGGUGGAGCGGAGGACAGUAGGAUAAGGUUUCAAAAACUUCACAGGACCUGGUUUCUUGAAGGAAAGGUGGAAGGUGUCACACGCGUACCUGUCUUGACCAGAAACACUGUCCUCGCAAACAAACUGAAAUGCUGAAAGCUUGUGACAUGUUUGUCUUUUAAAAAGAGACAAUAACAACUUUGUUCUCUCAGAGCAGUGAGUUUACCAACACAUGGCACUUGAGCUCUCUAGCAUCGAGCUCAAGUCGUGAUGAAGUUCACCUUUGUUCACUUGUUCUGCUGUCAAAGAGAUCGACACCCACGCUGCAAGGAGUUCAUUCCAUUUAUAGAGACAUCCUAGGUUCUGAUGAAGCGAGGUCUCUAGGAUCUUUUAUCUGAAGGUUUAAUCGGUUUUUUUCCUAACAUUUGCCUUACUCGUGUUGAUUAUUGGAUGCACUGGAGAUUUUAACGGUCUGUUAUUAAUGGCUGUGUCGAUGUAGCAGAGGAGGAUGCUGACAAAACCUAAAUCUGGCGGGUCAUGUCAGUGCCAACAGAUGAACGAAGAACCAAAGUCAUGUCAUUGACAAACAGGUGAAUAAAAUGUCAUUGACAACGGAUACAACCAAUGUCCUGUCUCCAGCUGGCACUGACGACGACAAGGACACCGUCACCAUCACCAUCACCUCCCCCGCGGAAGUCACAGCCACGGGAAGUGCGCCUGCUCAAAGUCCGCGUGACAAUGCGACAGUCGACAUUGCGCCAGACGUUGACACGUCCUCCACGACAAAGACGACCGCGGUGACACAAAAGUCGAAAUGGGCGCCAGCGAGGGGCCAGCUCCAGAGACAGGCCGCCGAGGAGAUCCUGAAGAAACUCCUGUCCUUCCAUCCAUUCACCGAGACCUCAUACCAGCGCCUGGUGGAGCGCACCGAGGUCGAGAAGGUCAAGACCGAAAAGCGCGAAAGCAAAAGCCAGGAAGCACAUCUCGUGGACGGCGAGCUGGUGUUCGGCACGGGUGAGGAAACUGAGAAAGAGGUCAUCGAGGUUAACCCGGACUUGCACGAGGGUAACGUGCUGCUGGACAAAUACGGAAUCUUCCCCAACGGCUACUUAGGCAAACCUCUGGAAGAAAUCGACAAAGGCAUCAAAGAAAAGACAUUUGUCAUCGUCGCCAGACGGCUCGGCAAAAAGUACAUCUAUAGGUUCUCAGCCAACAGGUCUUUCUUCAUCUUCCCAUCCUGGAACCCAGUCCGCAGCUUAACACUGUACCUCGCAUCGAAUCAGUUUUUUGACUACUUUAUCAUCGCCACCAUCCUCGUCAACUGCGUCUUCCUAGCUAUGCCAACCUUGUCUUUCAUCGAGAUGUCAGAGUAUGUCUUCCUGGGAAUCUACGGGGUGGAAAUGAUUGUCAAAGUUGUUGCCCGCGGGUUUUUCAUUGACAAGUACACGUACCUGAGAGACCCAUGGAACUGGCUGGAUUUCAUUGUCAUUCUCACGGCCCUCAUCACCAUCGUCAUUGAGCAAGUAGACUCUACAGUGUCUGUCGGCAACCUUCAAGGCAUGAGGACAUUCCGAGUACUUCGAGCUCUCAAGACUGUCUCCAUCUUGCCAGGACUGAAAACUAUUGUGAACGCUUUGCUACGAGCUUUCAGGAUGUUGUUGGAAGUAAUCAUACUGACACUGUUUUGCCUCAUGAUCUUUGCCCUCAUCGCCUUGCAAGUGUAUAAAGGUGUGCUGAGGAAUAAAUGUGUUCAGAACAUAGACAACGACACAUACAACCAAGUCGAGGUCUACAGUGAGUUCUAUGCAGCCUGGGUUCGAAAUUCAUCAAAUUGGCAGCUGGACGAUUCAGGAGAUUUCCAGAUUUGUGGCAAUGUGACAGGUUCUGGGGCCUGCCAGGUGAACUACACCUGCUUGGAAGACGUGGGUGAGAAUCCAAAUUACGGGUACACUGGGUACGACAACUUUGGCUGGGCCAUGCUCAACUCCUUCCAGCUGUUGACACUGGACUAUUGGGAAGACAACUAUCAGAAGGUCAUGAGAGCGAACGGUCCCUGGAAUGUGAUCUUCUUUCUCAUCGUCAUAUUCUUUGGCUCCUUUUACCUGCUGAACCUCAUGCUUGCCGUGGUAGCCAUGUCGUACGAGGAGGAAGCACUGAGCGCUGGCAAAGAAAAAGAGAAAGAAAAAUUAGCAAAUACCAAGAAAAAAGCAAAUCCAAUAUACGAUCUAACCAUGCUGGCGCUUAAAACCAAAAGAAUGUCGUCAAAGAACAGGUCAGAGGUUACUGGAGAAGACAAUUCUUCUGGAGUAGACAGCAAAAGAGGAAAAAACAACAAUUCCUCUGACUCGGAGAAACCCCGCUUAGCGGAUAGCCUUCCUUCUCAGGGAUCCCCAACCAAAACAGAUCCUGCGACCUCUGGCGGAGACAGGGAUGAGAAACCAAGCGAAGACAUCUUGGCACGCAACCAGAGGACCACCAUUGCCAGAUCAAGAUGGCGAAAAGUGUUGGUACACCAAGACAGUAGGGAGACUUUGCGAAGCCCAGAAGAUGCAGAGACGACCAGUGACAUCAGUGUGGCGGACAAAGGUCGCACGAAGCAGGCUGACACGGCAAGUACGAGCGGGACCAUGGGCUCCCACGUGACUUUCAAAGACGACGCCUCUGUGUCGGAGUAUAAGGAAAGGAAGAACCCCCUCGUCAAGCAGGAUAGCCAAGGGACGCUCCCAGAAGGGCGAGCAGUGUCGUCGUCAGGUGUGAUUUUAGAAAAGGAGGGGACACCGAGUGCUGCUAGUGAUGAAUACCUGGUGUCCAAGAAAAAACGAAAAUCUGCUGUCAUUGUUAGAGAGGAAGACCUGAAAGGAGACCUUGCCAACCAGAACGGACGGCUAGUGGACAGGAACUGCGGGGCGUGCAGCAAGUACUGCGCGUGCUUUGUGCCGUGGGUGCGCCUGCAAAACCGCGUGCACGCGCUCAUCUCAGACCCGUUCUUCGACCUGGGCAUCACCCUUUGCAUCAUCCUCAACACUGUCUUCCUGGCCCUCCAGUACCAUGGCAUGAGUUCCAGUCUGGAGAACGCGCAGCGCUUUGCUAAUUACGUGUUUACAGCUGUAUUUAUACUGGAAGCAGUGUUGAAAAUCACGGCUCUCACCAAAGGCUACUUCUAUGUGGGAUGGAACAUCUUCGACCUUAUCGUUGUCCUCGCAAGCAUCAUCGACUUGAGUGUUGAAAACAUCAAGGGUCUGUCUGUGUUGAGGACCUUUCGAUUGCUUCGAGUAGUGAAGCUGGCGCAGGCCUGGCCCACUAUGCGCAUGCUGCUCACCAUCAUCAUCAGCACGCUUGGAGCCCUGGCCAACCUCACAGGCAUCCUCGGCAUCGUCAUCUACAUCUUUGCGGUCAUCGGCCUGCAGCUCUUCAGAGAGGACUACGGCAACUUCGACUUCAGCGACACGGAAGGAGUGAGGUGGCACUUCCAGGACUUUUUCCACUCCUUCAUGAUGAUUUUUCGCGUGUUGUGUGGAGAGUGGAUCCAACCUCUCUGGCAGUGCAUGCGAUCAUCCGGGGAACUAUGCAUGGUCGUCUUCUUGCCUGCUCUUGUGCUCGGCAACUUCAUUGUGCUGAACCUCUUUCUGGCUUUGCUGCUCAAUGCCUUCGCCACGGACUCCAUCAAGAAACACACGGAGUCAAACCAGGAACUGUCGAAGAUCAAGCUCGCAUUCGAAAAAAUCAAGAAACUUUGUUGCUGUUGUUGCAAGCGCAUUAACAAGAAUGCUGUGAAUCCUGACAACGAACAAUCGUCAAAAAGUUCAGGUGCAGACAGAGAAGAUGACAGGGAGGAGUCUGAGGAAAACAAGACAAAAGUAAACAACCUUAAAACGCCCGCUGAUGGUGCCAACAACAAAGUGGGCGUCAUCCCUGGGAAGGGACUUGGGACUUCCAAACUUAACGGCUCAUUGAGUAAGGUCAAGCCCGGGGCAUUCAAAAGCGCAGUCAAACGAGUGCAGCUGUCCAGCUUCUACCAGAGCCCCAAAAGCACGGGCUCAUCCGGUGGGUUUGCAACUCAGUUCGACAGGAUCUCCAAAGACAGUAAGAAGGAUAGCAGCGACAACGAUGUGGACGACCUCAAGCUGGGCGACACGGCGGAUACCGUUUACGAGCCGAAAAUUCCACCCAGCUGCUUUCCUGGGUGGAUGCGAAACAGAAUCCGAUGGCUGGAUAGCUUCAAUGCCAACAAGCAUGGGCAGCGCUGGACAGCCUUCCGUGGACUGUUGAUGAAAAUAGUGGACCACAAAUGGUUUGAGUGGGUGGUGCUAGCCAUCAUCUUCGGCAGCAGCUUAACGUUGGCCUUUGAGGAUGUGUACCUAUAUGCGGACAAACGGAAGCAGAUGGCGCUGUACAUUUUAAACAUCAUUUUUUGUGUAUUAUUUGGUAUCGAGAUGCUGAUGAAGUGGGUUGCCAGCGGCAUCACCAACUAUUUCAAGAACUUCUGGACCUUGCUGGACUUCUGCAUCGUUGUGAUUUCAGUGGCUAGCCUUAUAGGCGAAUCCCUGGGAGUGUCUAACAUUGCUGCCUUUCGAUCCUUGCGAACUUUACGCGCUCUUCGCCCUCUGCGUGCAAUUUCCCGCUGGCAGGGAAUGAAGAUCGUUGUUAAUUCUCUCAUGAGAGCGAUUCCGGCCAUUUUCAACGUCUUCCUGGUGGGCAUGGUGUUCUGGCUCAUAUUUAGCAUCAUGGGAGUCCAGUUCUUCGCAGGCAAAUUCUACAAGUGUGUUAACUCAACGUCCGGGGAGAUGUUUACUGCUGAUGUGGUGCCAAACAAAACCGCGUGCCAGGCUUUAGGACAAAGCUGGGUGAACUCCAAUAUCAACUUUGACAACGCCGGUUCCGGCUUUCUCGCUCUCUUCCAGGUGGCCACGUUUGAAGGCUGGAUGGAAGUAAUGGCGGACGCGGUUGACUCUACUGAUGUCGAUCUACAGCCUAGUUUUGAAAACAACCUCUACAUCUACCUCUAUUUUGUCGUCUUUAUUAUCUUCGGGUCUUUCUUCACGCUCAACCUCUUCAUUGGUGUGAUCAUUGACAACUUCCAGACGCUGAAGAAAAAGUAUGAUGGCCAUUAUCUUGAUGCGUUUUUGUCGCCAAAUCAAAGGAACUACUAUAACACACUCCGAAAACUUGCAAACAAAAAGCCACAGAAGACCAUCAGACGACCAAAGAACAAGUUUCAGCGGUUCUUUUACGAUAUCUCUGUCAACACCAAGUUUGAGCUCGGAAUCGUGAUUCUUAUAUUCCUCAACAUGAUCGUCAUGGCUGUCGAGCAUUACCACCAAACAGAUGCCGUGCGGGAGAGCCUGGAUAUGAUGAACAUCAUCUUCACCACCGUGUUCACCCUGGAGGCCAUCCUGAAGCUUGUAGGUCUGCGGUGGCACUACUUCAGAGUAGCUUGGAAUGUUUUCGACUUUAUCAUCGUUAUUUUGUCCAUCUUAGGCAUCGUCCUGGCAGAUAUUCUGUCAAAAAUAUAUGUCACACCCACCUUGCUGCGUGUAGUGAGGGUCUUUCGCAUCGGGCGUGUUCUGCGCCUUAUCAAGGCCGCUAAAGGCAUCCGCAAACUCCUCUUCGCCCUCAUCAUUUCCCUGCCCGCCAUCUUCAACAUCGCCGCGCUGCUUUUCCUCGUCAUCUACAUCUACGCCAUCAUCGGCAUGUCCUCGUUCGGCGACGUGCGUCCUAUGGGUAACCUCAACGACAUUGUCAACUUCCAGACCUUCGGUAAUAGCUUCCUGCUGCUGUUGCGUCUGGCCACGUCAGCAGGCUGGAACGACGUGCUUGACAACCUGAUGCUCAGCCCUCCAGACUGCAACUCCACCUACAAGACUCUACCUGACGGCACGCAGGUGGCGUCGUCCAACGGAGACUGCGGCUUGACGUGGCUGGCCAUCCCUUAUAUGGUGUCUUACAUCGUCAUAGUCUUUCUCAUCGUCAUCAACAUGUACAUUGCUGUUAUUCUAGAAAAUUUUAACCAGGCCCAUCAGCAGGAGGAGGUGGGUAUCACGGAGGACGACUUCGACAUGUUCUACAACGUGUGGGAGCGCUACGACCCCCACGCCACGCAGUUCAUCAAGUACGAGCAGCUGUCGAACCUGGUAGCCGACCUGGAACCCCCUUUGCAGCUGCCUAAGCCCAACGAGAUCGCUCUGGUCUCCUUCAACCUUCCCAUCGUUGAUGGCGACCGCCUGCACUGUCUGGACGUGCUGCGGGCGCUGGUGACACACGUGCUGCAAGACGUGGAGGAGACGGAGGAGCUACGCAAGCUGAAGCAGCAGAUGGAGGAGAAGUUUUCCGCCGUCUUCCCGACACGUGAGAGCAUGGCCGUCAAGUCCACCACAAUGCAGCGGAAAAAAGAGGAAGUGGCUGCUCGUACCCUGCAGAGGGCUUGGAGACAUCACAAGACGCAGAAGGUCCUGAAGGAUAUCACAAAGCUGGCCAUGCGGCAGAACUCACUGCGGCGAAGCAGCGGCGCGUCGGAAGGGACCAGGAUGUCGGGUAUCCAGCAGCUGGGGCGGCGGCUCAGCAAUGCCCUGUCCCACUUCUUUGGAGUCUCGCGGCCGUCUUCAGCCGUCAGGCGGGCCAGCAUCAUCAGUGCCGGAUCCGUGGGCAGCAAACCCCAUGUCAGGGCCCUAAGCAAGCAAGGCAAGCUUUCUAACUUUUUGCAAGUGCCCAGACUGGAACCCCUGCAUGCUAUGAACUUGGACAAAAGCUUGCAGGACUUGGAAUUGUGAGUGUUCCUGCCCGCGUGUGCACCAUUGGCA